GUAGAAGAAGAGUUACUUCCGGCAGUGAGUUGAACGCUGGGAUGGCGCUGCACCAUCGCACGGAAUUCGUCCUCUGUCAUGUGUACUGAUCCAGUUUCUUCAAAGAAACCCAAAUCGACGUCCUUUUAGCUUGAGAAGAAUGUUUUUUGUCAAUGGGUGUGAGUCGGCUUGAUGUUCUGUAUAGAAGGCUUCUCCUCACCAAACUUUUCAUCCAAGGAUGGGGGAAGCCAGAGGACCUUAAAAGAAUAUUCGAGUUCCGGAAGAUUAUUGGCAACAGGGAGAGAUGUAAAGAUCUGGUACAGAGGGACUACCCAAUAUUUAUUGACAAAGUAGAAGAUCAAACAGAUUGCAAAAUUCACAACGGUCAUUUCAUAUCGCCACUGGAGCACUUUGUCCCGGGCAUCUUGCCAGCUGAGUCCGUCAAAGCCCGAUUCCAGUUCAUUGUACCUAAGAAAUGGAAGAGACACAGACCAGUCUGUAUUCACCUGGCUGGAACAGGAGACCAUUUUUUCUGGAGAAGGCGAACACUAAUGGCCAGACCGAUGGUUAAAGAAUCAGGGAUGGCGUCUCUUCUGUUGGAGAAUCCUUAUUAUGGAUAUAGAAAACCUAAAGACCAACUUCGCUCCAGUCUGAAGAACGUAUCAGACCUGUUUGUGAUGGGUGGAGCACUGAUCCUGGAGUCUGCUGCGCUGUUACACUGGCUGGAGCGAGAAGGUUUCUGGCCUCUGGGCAUGACUGGCAUUUCUAUGGGCGGACAUAUGGCAUCAUUAGCUGUAACAAACUGGCCCAAACCAAUUCCGCUCAUACCUUGUUUAUCCUGGACGACUGCUUCAAGUGUUUUUACCACAGGUGUUUUAAGUCGAGCUGUGAACUGGAGAGAGCUGGAAAAGCAGUAUGCAGCACACACAGUCUAUGAGGAAGAAAUCAUCAGUAUGCUGGAGUAUUGUGGGACAGACUCUUUCCGGAUGGGCCAGGAAUUCGUAAAAAAUGCCCCAGGCAGCUUUGACAGUCUCUCUGACCUGGAUCUUGCCCAUGACCUUCUUGACCUCCACUCACCAGAGAGGGACCAGCAGAUGGGGCUACGCUCCUCGUGUUCUCAGCCCGGGACUGGAGGUCACGUCUCAGACACAGCCCUGCUGAUGGGGCAAAGAGAGAGAGACGGACUGGAUCAGAUGCUGUCCGCUGUGAGCAGCAGCGGGCCUCAUUUGGACAUGCUACAUGCUAAGAACAUCACCUAUGGGGCCGGCCAGCGGCAGUCGCUGCAGCGGGAGUCUCUCUGUUUCAUGAAGGGCGUGAUGGACGAAUGCACACACAUCGCCAAUUUUUCGGUGCCUGUGGAUCCCAGUCUGAUCAUUAUAGUCCAGGCAAAGGAAGACGCUUAUAUUCCCCGCACUGGAGUUCGCAGCUUACAGGAAAUCUGGCCUGGCUGUGAGGUUCGCUACCUCAAUGGAGGUCACGUCAGCGCCUACCUUUUCAAACAAGGACUGUUUCGGCAAGCAAUUUAUGACGCCUACGACCGGUUUCUUCACAAGUAUUCCAGCUCAUAGCCAUGGAUUUUUGGGACUCAGCACUGACAAGAAUUGCAUUUUGAAAGUAUGUGGAGAUGGAGAAGACUAUGUAACUGGAACUAGAAACCUAGUGCCACCAAAGGGAGGCAGUGUGCAGCGGUUGUAAUGACAGAACUGUUACUCUGUGUGGUACACCUCAAAACUCAGUGACCUGAAGUCAACUUACAUGUGCUCAUCCCAUAUGAAACCUUGUCUUCCUGACCUCACUGCCUAUAUAUAAUCAUGACUGAAACAUAAUUCACUAAACGAGACAAAGACGUGCCUCCAAACUAUAAUUCACUCACACAUCAAGGUGUCUUUAAAACUGUUAAUGAAGCAGAUCCCUGAAAAUAUAGUAUUUUGAAUUGUAAGGAAAAUAAAUGAACUACUGCAGUCUAUAUUUUUGUUUCACCAACAUAGAAUAUCCUAAUUUUUAGAGCAAAUGUUUGCUGGUUUUUAUAAAAUAAAGCAUCAGGAAAAUGGCCUUGUCAUGGGCAGACCAUUGUUUUAAUCUCAGAAAUGGAAAAAAAAAGUUUAACAAAUUAAGGUGAGUUGUACUUAAACAUCUUUAGCAAUGACUGGUGCUCAUUUGAGACUUGAACGCGAUUCAAAAUAUACUUUUUCUGUGAACUGCAUUCUUAAAAAUCCGUGCUGCAUGUAUUUCAAUCUCUUUAAAGUGUUAGUUCACCCAAACAUGAAAAUUCUGUCAUUAAUUACUCACCCUCGUGUCGUUCCACAUCUUCAUUUAUCUUUGGAACACAAAUGAAGAUAUUUUUAAUGAAAUCUGAGAGAUUUCUGUCCCUCCAUAGAGAUCCAACGCAACUACCACUUUCAAUGUCCAGAAAGGUAGUAAAGACGUCAUUAAAGUAAUCCAUGUAACUCCAGUGAUUUAACCUCAUUUUUAUGAAGUGACACAAGAGCUUUGUUUGCACAAAAAAAACAAUUUACCACUACAAAAAUAUUGAUCUGCAACACGCUCUCAUGUGUUUUGUGUUUACGUGAGAGCUGACAUUGUUGCGUGAACACACUUUGGACAAUAUUAUAUUGUAAAUAAAGUGGUAAAUUGUUUUUUUUGCGCAAACAAAGCACCUGUGUCGCUUCAUAAAAUUGAGGUUAAAACACUAGAGUCACAUUUAAUGAUGUCUUUCCUACCUUUCUGGACCUUGAAAAUGGUAGUUACGUUGGAUCUCUAUGGAGGGAUGGGUUUCAUUAAAAAUAUCUUAAUUUGUGUUCCAAAGAUGAACAAAGGUCUUACGGAUGUGGAACGACACAAGAGUGAGUAAUAAAUGACAGAAUUUUUAUUUUUGUGUGAACUAUCCCUUUAAAUAAACACUGCCAAAUACUACAGUAACAACUAAUAAUCCUAGCGUUUUAAUAGAUUGAAAUGUUUUAUGUAUUACUACUGUCACUUGAUCUGAUCUGUCAUGUUUUCACUGUAUUCAUCAUGAAUCAUUUGUUUAAUUUCAUUUGUUUCUCCACUCUAAAAUAAAAAGGAAAUCCUAAAUAUUCAAA